AUGGGCUCACAAGACUCCAGCGUGCGUUUUCGCAAGAUCCAGAGUUUCGAGACUGAAUAUGCACCGGCGACCAUCACCCAGUAUGAGUCGAACAGAAGUGGCAUGCAGGUCAUUGUGGCCGAUCGGAAGGGGCCCAAGGUGAACGGAUAUUUCACCUUGGCCACGGAGAUCUUCGAUGACUCGGGCGCACCUCACACCCUUGAGCAUUUGGUUUUCAUGGGUUCCAAGAGCUACCGGUACAAAGGCUUGCUAGAUAAGCUGGCGUCGAGGGCCUACGGGUCAACCAACGCAUGGACCGCAACGGACCACACAGCUUAUACUCUGGAAACCGCCGGAUGGGAAGGGUUUGCCCAAACCCUCCCUGUCUACCUCGAGCACCUCGUCGUCCCUACCAUAACGGAUGCCGCAUGCUUGACUGAGGUACAUCAUGUCAACGGCGAAGGCAAUGACGCUGGUGUUGUUUAUUCCGAGAUGCAAGCGGUACAAUACACGAGCCCAGAGCUCAUGGACCUCAAGGCGCGCCGCCUACUCUAUCCAGAAGACGUUGGGUUCCGAUAUGAGACUGGAGGCAUGAUGGACGCGUUGCGAGUGCUGACUCCCAAGAAGAUUCGUGACUUCCACAGGACCAUGUACCAGCCGCGGAACAUGUGUGUCAUUAUCGUGGGUGAGGUCGAUCAUGCUGACCUGCUGAAUAUCUUGGACAAGUUUGAGGAUAGCAUUAAGGAUGAUAUCCCGCCAGUCGAUGCGCCAUUCCGCCGACCAUGGAUCGAAUCUGCACAGCCUCCUGCGCUCAAACAGACGACCAUUGAGACGGUCGAGUUCCCCGAAGAAGAUGAAUCUACCGGUGACAUCGUCGUCGGCUUCUUCGGCCCCAGCUGCACCGAUGUUGUCCAGGCGACGGCCUUGAAUAUCCUCCUGACAUAUCUCUGUGGAUCAUCCGUUGCAGUGCUAGAAAACGUCAUUGUAGAGAAAGAGGAGCUUGCUAGCUCCGUCUCUUACUGGUGGGAUGCGCGACCUGAUUCUGUCAUCUGGCUUCAACCAACAGGAGUCGCUACUGACAAGUUGGAGUUUGUGGAGAAUCGCCUAAUUUCCCUCCUCAGGGAGGUUGCAUUCAAGCCCCUGGAUAUGUCUUACAUGAACGAAUGCAUCCAACGAGAGCGGCGACAGGUGAAGGCACAGGCCGAGGAGUCGGAGUCCUACUACUCCACGAACAUCAUUACCGACUACCUCUUCGGCAAGAGAGAUGGCUCAACGUUGAGAGAGCUGGCGAGCCUCGGUGAAUACGAUACCCUGGAGCAAUGGACAGACGACCAAUGGCGCAGUUUUCUCAGAAAGUGGAUUGUUGACGCUCACCAUGUCUCGAUUCUUGGAAAGCCGUCCUUGAAACUGGCGAACAAGCUGAAAGAGGACGAAGUCGCCAGGAUAGAGAAGAGAAAGCAAGAGUUAGGUUCGGAAGGACUUGAAAAGCUUCAAAAGAAGCUUGACUAUGCCAAAAAGCAAUGCGAUAUUGAGAUCCCUGACUCGGUGCUCGAGCAGUGGCAAGUACCGGCAACCGAUUCAAUCCACUUCAUCCAGUCGCAAACCGCACGAUCUGGUCUGGCCAAGAAGCUUGGUACCUACGAAAACUCAGCGCAAACGGCGAUCAACAACGCAUCAUCAGGCGAGCCAUUGUUCAUUCAGUUCGAGGAUGUGCCGACAAAUUUUGUGCACAUCACAGUUCAUGUCGGAACCUCGAAUGUGCCUGUCAAGUACAAGCCUCUUAUGCCCAUCUUCAACGACAACUUCUUCAACACCCCCAUCACGCGGAAGGGCGAGCGCAUCGAUUUCGAGCAGGUGGUAACGGAGCUUGAACGGGACACAGUGAGCUACGGGUUCGAAGGUGGCAGCCGGGUUGGCGACACUGAAAGCUUCCUCAUUCGUAUGCAGGUUGAGCCUGACAAGUAUGCCACCGCCAUCGAGUGGAUAAGGACCAUGAUGUUCGAUAGCAUCUUUGAUGUCACCCGCUUAAAGGCGGCCGUUGCCAAACAGCUUGCCGAUAUCCCGGAGUACAAGCGUGACGGUCGAGUUAUGUCCAAUGAGGUGGAAAUGGCGCUCCACAACGAGGCUUCGUCGCUUAUGGCAGCGAAGCGUACACUGGUCAAGGCUGUAUACCUCCGUCGACUCAAGAAGAUUCUCGAGAAAGAACCAGAGACCGCGUUAUCAUGGCUAGAGGAAGUCCGGAAGUCACUUUUCACCUUCGAUAAUCUCCGCGUUCUUGUCACAGCUGACAUUUCCAACUCCAAACUUCCUGACCCGGUCAAGACUUGGGACAUAUUAUCCAAGUCUCUCAACGUGAGCUCCGAGACGAUCCGACCAAUUGUUAAGCCGUACACUCUCCUCAAUAGUGAAGGCCGCAACCCUGGUUCUAUCGGCGCGACUAUCAUUCCGAUGACUACCAUCGAUAGCUCAUACUCCAUCAGCUCGGGCAAGGGCCUCACAUCUUUCUCCGACCCGGCAGUACCGGCACUACUUGUCGCCAUGCAAUAUUUGGAGACUGUCGAGGGGACACUUUGGAAUGCAGUUCGUGGCAAUGGGCUAGCGUACGGUGUCUACUUUGCAAAGGAGUUGGAUGGCGGAUACUUGCACUUUAAGGUGUACCGCUCACCGCUAGCCUCCAAGGCCAUUGCGGCAGCCCGCGAUGCUAUCGCAGCCUUAGCGAACGGGACCGUUGCCUUCGAGAAGCCGAUGAUCGAGGGCGCCAUUAGCCAGCUCGUUAUGGCGAUGGCCGACGAGCAGGCCACGAUGGCAACGGCAGCGGUGCAGAACUACAUCAUCGGUGCUGUAAGGGGCCUAGAAUCCGACUACAGUACGAAGAUGCUGGCGAAGGUCAGAGCCGUGACAGUAGACGAACUCAAAGAGGCGAUGAAGACUUGGCUGCUCCCAAUGUUCGAGCCCGGAAAGAGCAAUGUAAUCGUCUGCUGUGCACACGUCAUGGUUGAGAAAAUGGAGAAGGAACUCCAGGACAUGGGGUAUAAUACCCACAUCAAGCAGCUAUCAGACUUCAACGACGAUUACGGACUUGAGGCUCCUGCUGGAGAGGAAGAUGGCGAGGACGUGGACGACAAUGACGACGAAGAAGGUUCGGAAGGCUCGGAGGACUCCGAUGAUUCAAAUGAUGAUUAA